UUUCAAGCCAUUUGGCCAGAAACUCCAUUAUUUCUUAUUAUUUAUUUUUCAAUAUUCUUCUUUCACCUAUAGAUAUAUCUGCAUUUUAAAUAUUUUCUAGAAUCCAAUUCUACGGAACGGAUGUUCCGGCCAAGAGUCGCUUACAGUUCGCAACAUCCGGAACAGCGCGCAGGCAGCAUACGAAAUUAUAACAAUACCUGCUCAGGACUUAUUUUUGCAAUAAAUUUGAAACAUCAAGCUAGUUAUUGGAUUAAUUUUGUGUAAGUCGUCUGCCGUUCAACAAGUGUAAGCAACCAGGACAAUAAAAUUGUAUUAUUCCAAUGUUAUGAGCACAUGUUCAUUGGUGACUCAUAUUGUGGCAAAAAAACGUCGAGGGAAGACGAGUAACGCAAACAUACGCGGUCAGUCAUUGAUCCCAGUGCGUUCCCGACGGCGGUCGAGCGACGCGACGGGGCAACGAGGACGCACGCGAGUCGCGACGCCAUGACAGCUGAGUUGGAUCCGGCGAUUCCCGCCACCGAGCCAGUGUUGCCGCCUCUCGUCCUUGCGGUAUUUAUUGCGUGUAUCGCCGGCGCUGGAUUCUUCGCCAAUUGCGUGCUCUUUGCUGCAGUGCUAAGGAGAGCAACUAACGGAAUAUAUUCCAUAAUCGCCCAGCUGACUGUAAUAGAUUCUCUACUAUUGUGCGUAUCAAUUGCCUUCGAGCUGUGGUCAUAUAACAAUAGAACAUGGACUUUUGGAAGAGCCAGUUGCAUAGCGUUUAGAGGUACAAGCGUACUUUCUUCAACUGCGUCGCUGUAUCUUGUCGCUACAAUAGCAUUGCAUACGCUGGCAACCAUAAACCUACAAGAAAAAGUCACUGCCCAAAGAUUAAAACGCAUCAGCAGCGACGAAGAGGAAACUAGAUCAUCACAUAGCCUGGUGGAACAUGAAGCCUCAUCACAACCUCGUACAGUGCUCGUAGAUUAUCGAACUGUAGACACAGUCUCCGUCGUACCGCCUUCCGUUUUCGUAUGGAUUCUCAGCGCGUCCCUCAGUAUUCCCGAGUUUACUUUAUCGACCACAUUGCGUCUAGACCACAACACUAUAGUCUGCACAUUAGUCGAUACAGAUCAUAGAGUGGAUAUAUUAUAUUCAAUGCUUGCUCUGUUCAAUUUUUACUUACCGACUUUGCUGAUGUCUGCUACUGGGAUAAUAUUAUUUCGCAAGUUUAAAUCUUAUAGACCCGCUUUGAUAGAGCACGUAGAAUCUAAGCAAGCGUUAAAAUUGUCGUUAUAUUUAAUAGUAAGCUACUUUGUGUUGUGUGCACCUCGUUCUAUUUUCUAUGUUUAUGGAUUCUAUUCGAUAUCAUCUAUCGAUGAUCGUGACAGCGUGCGACACAAUGAAACUUUAGUCAGAAUAAGUUUAGUAGUAAGUUCUCUAUAUUUAGUAGCAAUAUUUAUAAGACCAUUGCUGUGUUUUACUUUCUUACCCCGAAUGAGAAAGAAGGUAUCGUGUAAGCUAUAUGAUGGAACAGAUGUUGAAGAGUUAUAAUGGAACACAUGGGUAUUUCGUCUAUGUAACUACCUAAUCAUUGUGAAACGUAUGCAUAAAUUUAUAAUAGGGUUAAAAUUAAGAAUAAUGGUAUAUACCAUAGAUCAUUUAUACGUCUAGAAAGACUGUGACAGCUGUGAAACUAUCGAAAAAAAAUUGAGGUUGACUGUUAACCUCUAUUUCAAACAAAGAACGUACACUAACACAAUUUGACAUACAAAUCAUGAGUGUAUGACGUGGCUUGUGACGCACACUAAAGUAAUAAAGCUGUCUGUUUUCAUUGGUUGUCUAGCAUCAAGAGGCUCUAUCUACAAGUAUAGGUCUAUUAGGUCCCUUUUCAAGAAAAUGCCCCAUAUAGUGAGGACUUUAGAGAGAUGCGUCAUGGGUAAAUAAAAAGACAAAACUGGGUCCAGUCCACAUUGGUCUAUAAUCAUGAAAUUUGAUGAGUUACAAGGUUUCACCAUAGACUGGAUUCUUGAGUUCCAAUACAUUUUCACAGGUCCAGUAAAGGAAAAAGUAGUUCUUUAUUUGUAUGUAAGUAUGUAAGAAUGAUUGUUACGUGCAAGCCUCUUAUAUGUCCAGAAUAUUAUUGAUAGGAAGAGUAUAUUGUUAAUUGUACAUACUAUAUGUAUUAUUUUUUAUAAUAAAUCGUUUGAUAGUA